UUUGUGUUCCCCAAGCCCAUUUUUUCUCUCUCACAAUUUCACAAUUAAACAAAUUUUCAUCACCUUCUUCUUCUUCAUAUAUUUUAUCUGUAGAAAGUAGCAGAGUUCUUCAUCAAUGGCGGAUUGGGGUCCAGUGAUGAUAGCGGUGGUUCUGUUCGUGCUGUUGAGCCCGGGAUUGUUGUUUCAGAUUCCGGCGAAAGGGAGAGUUGUUGAGUUUGGGAACAUGCAGACAAGUGGUGCCUCCAUAUUCGUCCACUCCAUCAUCUUCUUUGGUCUUCUCACUAUCUUCCUAAUCGCCAUUGAUGUUCACAUCUAUACUGGAUAAAAAGCUUUAAAUUAGGUCAACUCAACCACUCCAACUCUCAACUCUUAAUUUAUUCGCUAUUUCUAUUUUCCUUUUUUUUUUUACAUAUUAAAACUCUGAUCUUGUGAAAUGAACGAUUUCACUGUUUGUGGAUUUAAGUAUAUUAUUAUUAUUAUUAUUAUUGUUAAAUUAAUGAAUAUUUUGGGUUGAUUAAAGUAAGUAAUAAUACUAAGAUUUUGUUUUUUUUUUUGUCUGUAAA